AUGUAAUAGCGAUUGUUUUAGAUAAUAAAUGUAGGAAUCAUUUGUAUUGAGUUUACUAAAUAAGAUGGGUUAAAAUCAAACAAUUAGAAAAUUAUUAAAGUGAAAAACUAAUAGCAAUCAAAUAUUUGCAUGAUAGUUUUUAAGUAUGCAACUGAAAUGGUUUUGAAUGUUAUAGAAAUGCCCAAUUUAUUGUUAAAGUUGCUCUCAAAAUGCAUGUAUUUCUUGUAUUGCUGGUUAUAAUUUGGAUAUAAUUGGCAACUCCUAUAGGUCUGUUUGUGGAGAUAACCGUAUUACUGUUGA